AUGACUGAAAAACAAGCAACCGUCUACGUCGUCGACCUAGGUAAAUCUCUAGGAGAUUGCCAUAAUGGACGUGUGGAAACUGAUCUCGAAUAUGGAAUGCGAUAUGUUUGGGAUAAGAUUACGUUGGCAAUGUCCUCUGAUCGGAAAACCGAUGGGGUUGGCAUUGUUGGUUUUCGUACUGAUGAUACAAAAAACGAUUUACAAGCUGGUGGGGAAGAGGGAUAUGAAAAUAUAUCUGUAUUGAAGCCUCUUGGACAAUUUCAGAUGGAACAGCUGGAGGAAAUGCAAGGGGUUAUUAAACCAAGUAGUACUGAUGCUGGAGAUGCUAUAUCGGCGGUUAUCGUUGCAAUGGAGAUGAUUAAGGGCUUUACUACAUUGAAAUCUGGAAAGCCGGGCAAGUUUGCGAGGAAGAUUGUUUUGAUUACGGAUGGGCAUGGGGUUAUGCAUGGUGAGGAGCUUGAUGAUAUUGCGAAGGAGAUGAACAAACACGAUAUACGACUCGUCGUCAUAGGGGUUGACUUUGAUGAUGCGGAAUUUGGUUUCAAGGAGGAAGAUAAAGAUUUGGCUAAGGCUGAAAAUGAGAAACUCCUCAAAUCUUUCACAGAGAGUUGCUCGGACGGAAUGUUUGCUACCACAGAGGAAGCCAUUGAAGCCCUCGCAACACCCGUAGUCAAAGUCACGAGGGAAUAUAAGACCUUUGAAGGAUUACUAACCCUAGGAGACCCGAUCAAAUAUCCCGAGACAGCUGUAUCGAUAGAUAUUGCUCGAUAUUUCAAAACACAUCAAGCUAAAUCUGUUUCCGCCACAAGUUUCGUUACUCGAACGACGGAGCAAGGCGACGAAGGUGGACCAAUUGAUGUGGAAAUGCUGGAUAGUGAUCUUACGUCGGUUUAUCAGUCAAGGACUUACAGAGUCAAUGAUCCAACCGCACCGGGUGGUAAGAGAGACGUCGAACGAGAUGGCCUGGAAAAGGGUUAUGAAUAUGGCAGGACCAUUGUUCCUAUUAGUCAAUCGGACGAAGGUGUCACAAAACUUCAGGCAAUGAAAGAUUUCUCGAUUAUUGGAUUUGUGCCCAACAAUUACGAAAGAUAUCUCAACAUGGGAGAAAGUUGCAUUACCAUUCCUCAAAAGUUGAAUGAGAAAGCAAAAAUGGCAUUGUCAUCACUUGUCCAUGCUCUCCAUGAGCUGGAAUCUUGUGCUAUCGCCAGACUCGUCAAAAAAGACGGAUCAGACCCACAAAUUGUACUUCUUGCACCCUUUAUAGAGCCCGAUUUGGAGGGCCUGAUUGAUGUGCCUCUUCCAUUCGCCGAAGAUGUACGAAGCUAUCGUUUCGCGCCUCUGGAUAAAGUACUCAAUAGCUCUGGCGGUAUAAUGGAGAAGCACAAAAGCCUUCCGAGCAAAGACUUGAAAGCUGCAAUGAGCGAUUUUGUUGAUAGUAUGGAUUUGUCGACGGCCGGAAAGGAUGAUGAAGGCCAGCCAGCGGAAUACAUGGCUAUCGAAGAUACUUACUCUCCUGUACUCCAUCGUAUUAGUCAAGCCAUACGCAGACGUGCUGUCAAGCCAGGUGAAGGUGUACUCCCGCCUCCUGAUGUUCUAACCAAAUGGUCGCAUCCUCCUGCCGAGCUCGUCCAAAAAUCAAGUAACAAGCUCGAAAAACUGAUUGAAAUAGCCGAUGUCAAGAAAGUUCCCGCCACAGCCAAAACCAAACGCAACCGAGAAGUCAUCAAACCUCUCUCCGGUCUCGACGUCGAAGCUCUCUUGGGCCGAGAGAAGCGCCAAAAGAUCUCGAUAGACAAUGCCAUCCCAGAGUUCAAACAAGCACUCUCCAACACCGAUUCCACCGAUGGCGUCAUAAAAGCCACCCGAGAAAUGGGCGACAUCGUCCGCACACUACUCAAAAGAAGCACCGGAAACUCCACAUGGGCACAAGCGGGAGAAUAUUUGAGAACCAUGAGAACGGAAUUAAUCGAUCUAAUCGAACCGGACAUCUACAAUAACUUUAUCGAGAAAUUCAAGAGACAGCUUCAAAACGAAGAUUUUGAUAAGAUGUUUUGGUUUGAGGUUGUGAGGAAAGAUAAAUUGGGGCUGAUUCAUAAAGAUGAAGCGGAGAAUACGGGGAGGACUGAGGAGGAGGCUAGACAGUUCUAUAAUUUGGGUGCGGCGGAGGAGCUGCCUAAUCGCGGAAGAUCAUGA